CUACACAAUAUACAAAAUUCAACACCUUCCCUUCCUCCAAUCCAAUCCAUCUAAUCUCAUAUCAUUAUUUUUGUUUAUUCAAAACUUCGAAUUUUGACUUCAGCAUUGCAAGCUCAGCAUGGGGGUGAGAUCAGAGUCAUGAGGUGAAAUUCCGAUCUUUGAGGUGAUACCCAUUUGGUUUCUGACCCUGAAAUUGAGCUUGGAUGGGGAAAGUUUGGAUUUUGAUGGUGUUUGUGUUGGUGGGUGUGGUUGGCAUUGUUGAAGGGGCAAGGAAGCACCCAUCAUCAGGGAGGAGGAUCCACACUCUGUUCUCUGUGGAAUGUCAGAACUACUUCGACUGGCAAACAGUGGGGCUGAUGAACAGUUACAGGAAGGCCAAGCAUCCUGGACCAAUCACAAGGCUCCUCAGUUGCACUGAUGAGGAGAAGAAUAAGUACAAAGGGAUGCAUUUGGCACCAACCUUUGAGGUGCCCUCAAUGAGUAGACACCCCAAAACUGGUGACUGGUACCCUGCAAUAAACAAACCUGCUGGGGUUGUACACUGGCUUAAACAUAGUAAGGAGGCAAAAAAUGUUGACUGGGUUGUCAUUCUGGAUGCAGACAUGAUAAUUCGAGGGCCCAUUAUCCCUUGGGAACUUGGUGCAGAGAAAGGAAGGCCUGUUGCAGCAUAUUAUGGGUACUUAAUAGGUUGUGACAAUAUUUUGGCUAAACUGCACACAAAACACCCAGAACUGUGUGACAAAGUUGGUGGGCUUUUGGCCUUUCAUAUAGAUGACCUGCGAGUUUUUGCCCCCUUGUGGCUUUCAAAAACAGAAGAAGUACGGGAAGAUACGGUUCACUGGGCGACAAACAUAACUGGUGACAUCUAUGGGAAAGGAUGGAUCAGUGAGAUGUACGGAUACUCUUUUGGUGCUGCAGAAGUUGGACUUCGGCACAAAAUCAAUGAUAACUUAAUGAUCUACCCAGGUUAUGUUCCUCGCGAGGGAAUUGAGCCAAUUCUUCUUCACUAUGGGUUGCCAUUUAGUGUUGGGAAUUGGUCAUUCAAUAAACUGGCUCACCAUGAUGACGGAAUUGUAUAUGAAUGUAACCAGCUCUUUCCAGAACCUCCUUACCCAAAAGAGGUAAGACAGUUGGAACUUGAUCCUAAUCGAAGGCGAGGACUAUUUCUAAGUUUAGAGUGCAUAAACAUUAUAAAUGAGGGUCUUUUAUUACAACAUGCAGCAAAUGGUUGCCCUAAACCAACAUGGUCUAAAUACUUGAGCUUUUUGAAAAGCAAAGCUUAUGCAGAACUAACUCAGCCAAAAUAUGUGAAUCCUGCUACUUUACAAAUGAUGGAGGAUAUCAAAGAAGAACAUGUCGAUGAUGGUGCUGGAAAGCCACAUCCCAAAAUCCAUACCAUUUUUUCCACGGAAUGCACCCCGUACUUUGAUUGGCAGACUGUAGGACUUAUGCACAGUUUCCGUAGAAGUGGACAGCCUGGAAAUAUCACUAGACUUCUCAGCUGCUCUGAUGAGGACUUACGUCAGUAUAAAGGCCAUGAUCUGGCUCCCACACAUUAUGUCCCUUCUAUGAGUCGACAUCCAUUAACAGGAGAUUGGUACCCAGCAAUUAAUAAACCUGCUGCAGUCCUUCACUGGCUUAAUCAUGUAAAUAUUGAUGCUGAAUUCAUAGUGAUUCUUGAUGCUGAUAUGAUCUUGAGAGGCCCAAUAACACCAUGGGAGUUCAAAGCUGCUCGUAGUCAUCCUGUUUCGACUCCCUAUGACUACCUUAUCGGCUGUGAUAAUGAGCUUGCAAAAUUGCAUACUAGCCAUCCCGAGGCUUGUGACAAGGUUGGUGGUGUUAUCAUUAUGCAUAUUGAUGAUCUCCGGAAAUUCGCUAUGCUAUGGCUGCAUAAAACUGAGGAGGUCCGAGCUGAUAGAGCUCAUUAUGCAAGAAAUAUAACAGGAGACAUAUAUGAAUCUGGGUGGAUUAGUGAGAUGUAUGGUUACUCAUUUGGUGCAGCUGAGUUGAAAUUAAGGCAUACCAUAAACAAUGAGAUACUGAUAUACCCGGGUUAUGUUCCUGUACCGAGUGUCAACUAUAGAGUCUUUCAUUACGGAUUGCGAUUCAGUGUUGGCAAUUGGAGCUUUGACAAAGCAGACUGGCGCAACGUUGACAUGGUCAACAAAUGCUGGGCCAAGUUCCCAGACCCACCAGAUUCCUCACCAAUUGAUCUGGCCAACAAUGAGGAUUUACAGCGAGACCUGCUCAGCAUUGAAUGUGCUAAGACGUUGAAUGAAGCACUAAAUCUGCACCAUCAGAAAAGGUGUUCUAGUAAUAAUUCCUUGUCAACAUCAAAAGAGGACAAAAAAGAGGAAAAUGGAGUCUCAAGAGUCAACAGCAUAGAUGCAAAUGAUGAUUCAGUAAGCAAUAAUAUCUCAACAAAUCAAUCGGAGGAAUCAGCGAAUGCUCGGAAAGACGAGAUGCCUAGUUCUUUCAGGUUUUGGGUGAUAUUCUUGUGGGCAUUUUCUGGAGUAGGUUUCUUGGUUGUUAUUUUUGUGGUGUAUUCAGGUCAUAGAAGAAGAGGAACAAGGUUAAAACACGGUAGAAGGAGAAGAAGCUUGCAUACAGGAUUCAUGGAAACGAAUAGCCGUGACCGGCAUAGCCGUGGUGUCGAUGUUCCUCUGUAGACAGUGCUCCUUUUCUUUUUUAAUGGUGUAAAGCUGAUGGUCAGAAUUUUAAGACUUUCAUGCGAAGAUCACAAAUUGAAGGUUAAAAGGCAUGGAAACUUGAGUGAGCCUGUGUGACAUCAUUUAUGCAAAGCAAGUUAUUCUGACCCUCAAAGAGACUUCCCAUUUUUUGAUAUUGUCAAUGAACAUUUAAUGAUUGAGAAAUUUGCAAAGGGAAAAUAAUCUUCUGUUCUUUAAUUUGAGAUUGUUUGUAGUAUUUUGUACCCAGAGAACAUAAGAUCUCAGCAAUGUAUAACAAGGGAUUUGAUUAUCCUGCAGCAUAGGUGAGGGAAAUUCUGUAUACUUCUCAUUUUCAUUUUUUUACCUUGUGAUAGCAAAGACAAUAUCUGAGUGCUGACAUAUUUAGUCUUUGAUGUAACUUUUUUAUGGAUCUUAUCCCUCUCAACACUUGCUGUAAAGACUCACUUAUAUAUUAAAAUCAGGUUAUGAAACUUGUGUUGAAUUUA